AUGUCGACCAACAACACUAUCACUGCCACCCUUCCCCAACUGGCCAAAAUGAUCGACCACUCCCUCCUCCACCCGACAAUGACAGACGAAGACGUCCUCGCAGGCCUCAAGAUUGCGCGGGAAAACAACGUCGCAACAGCUUGCGUCAAGCCCUACCUAAUCCCACUCGCGAAGCGCGAACUCGCCAACACAGACGUUAAAGUCUGCCCGGUAAUCGGCUUCCCACACGGCAACAGCACGACCGAAAUCAAAGUCCUCGAAGCCACCGCCGCAGCUGAAACAGGCGGGACCGAAAUCGAUAUGGUCGUGAACAUCGGCAAAGUCCUAGGCGGAGACUGGGACUACGUCCAGACCGAGAUUGCAGCAAUCAACUCGGCCGUCGUGAGCCGGGGCGCGAUCCUAAAGGUGAUUUUCGAAAACGACUAUCUACAGUCUCCGCAUAUCAUCCGCCUUAGCCAGAUUUGCACGGAGAUUGGGGUUGCCUUUGCCAAGACUUCGAGUGGGUAUGGGUUUGUCAAGCAGAGUGAUGGGUCGUACAACUAUCUCGGGGCGACAGUGGCGGAUCUCAAGCUUAUGCGGGAGCAUUGUGGACCGGAAGUGCAGAUUAAGGCUGCGGGUGGCGUACGCAGUUUGGAUGAUCUGUUGCAUGUUUUGAGUUUGGGGGUUACAAGGAUUGGGGCGACGGCGACGGUGGCGAUUUUGGAGGAUGCGAAGAAGCGGGGGAUUGGGAUGGAGCCGACUACAGUGGAGUUUAAGCCGAUGGUUGAGAAGGCGAGUGGUUAUUAA